UGGGGAGGUCAGUUUCCAAGGUUGAUAGUGACCGGCUGGAACAGCUUCAUAAACUUGAGGUUUAGUUGGGAUCAGUCAUCUGGUUCUUGCCAGGAGUGAAGGGAAGCUCACUUCCAGGACCUGAAACCUACACGUGGGGGAUCCCAGACACUGAGAGCCAGAAGGGAUUGCUGGGUCUGCAUGGAAGCAGGGCAGAGAAGAGUUACCUGGGUAAGGCUUGGACUGAGAGACAGGCACUGGUGUUGACAGAGGACAGGCCACCGGGUGACACUGUUCUCCACCUGCCCACCAUCUGAGAUGCUUGGUUCCUGACUUGGUUCUCAUCAAGCUCAAUCAGACAAGUCAACGCAAUGGAGAACGGAAAUGAGACAUUAAUGGCAGAUUUUAUUCUCUUGGGACUCUUCCCCCAAAUGAAAUAUGUCAGUGUCCUCAUCCACAUUAUCAUCUUGAUUUACCUGGCUUCAUUCGCUGGGAACCUCAUCCUGCUCCUCCUGAUAUGGAUGGACCUGAAGCUCCAUACCCCAAUGUACUUUCUCCUCAGCCAGCUUUCUGUUGUAGACCAGGCCCUCAUUAGCACCACUGUUCCAAAGAUGGCAAUAAACUUUUUCUCUGGAAGGAAGAACAUCACACGUCUUGCUUGUGGAACCCAGUUAUUUUUCUUCUUUGCUCUUGGGGGUGCUGAGUGCAUCUUGUUGACUUUCAUGGCCUAUGACCGUUACGUAGCUGUCUGUAACCCCCUGAGAUAUGCAGUAUUUAUGAACCAUGCAGUCUGUUUACAAAUGGCUGUGGUGUCCUGGAUAGGGGGAAUUCUAGCUUUCACAGCUCAUACUUCUUACACCAUGAGUCUGCCAACGUGUGGCUCCAGAGAGAUCCACCAUUUCUACUGUGAGAUGCCAGGGAUCAUGAAGAUCUCAUGCGCAGACACUUCCACCUAUGAACUGGUGGUCUUUGUGAUGGGCAUUGCAUUUCUAGUUAUCCCCUUUGGACUCAUUAUGUCUUCUUACACCCUCGUCUUCCUCAGUGUCCUUCGUAUGAAAUCCCCCCAAGGUAGGAACAAGGCCUUGGCUACGUGCUCCUCCAAUCUUCUAGUGGUGAGUCUUUACUUAGGACCGUGUGUUUUCAUGUCUAUGACACCGGGUUCAUCCCACACCCCUGAGCAGGAGCAGGCUGUAUCUGUAUUCUGCACUGUCCUCACACCCAUGCUAAACCCCCUUAUCUACAGCCUGAGGAACAAGGAUGUGGUAGGGGCUUUUCAGAGAGUUGUGGGGAAACAUUUGAUCUCUGAACAGAAGACAUAAGUGCCAAGAAGAUAAACAACUACAUGGAGGACCAAUAGGCAAAACUCCAGGAGCAUCCACAAUCCUAUUUUCUGGCGUGAGGAGCUCUGCUCCAUUCCCUGUGAGAAAAAUCACAUGGUUUAAUUCAAUCAACAAUGUUAAAAAGUUUUUAAUGGACAUUUGUAUUUAAAAAUUUUUGAUCAGAGUUGGCAAACUCAAAAGGCUUCCAUAGCCUUGGUAACCCAUGACAAGAGCCUAGGGUGAUCACUGACACCAUACACAAGAGUGUCAAUUGUUAAGUCAAAAACAGGAGUCACUGCGCACUUACUCCCCAUGUAGGAUCUCUGUCCUGAGCCCAGAGCCCACUGAAACUAGGGAAGCCAGGCUAGGACCUAAAGCCACCCUCUCUGCUGUGGUCUUUGUGCUGCUGAGGUGGACUCAUGGCCUGAUGCUGCUCCUACCCCACUAGUGAUGCUGCAUGAGGUAUCAGAGUGGUCAGCAGGAGCCUCGGUGCUCCACUUGGCACUGAAACUGCUCUAGAGACUCUGUCUUCCGGCACUGGCCUGGGCACAGGGGCCAUUAGGAUCUGCUCACACUGGGUUUUCCUGGCCUGAAUAACAACACAGUCCUGUGGUUCCUUGCUGAUGGCCGCAGGCUGUAGGAGGGGAGGUAGGAGGGCACAUGUGGGGCUCUGUGCAGUCUUGAGGAUACCCAGCAGGCCCAGGUGAGGCCAACAGUGACACAUGCUGAUACAGGUCUACCCUACCUUACCCUACCCGCCUCAUACUGGGGCAAGUCCCGAGACUCCAUACACAAGCACUUGCGCAGAGAUGGGAGCCAUUAGAACCUUCCGUGUUGGGCUUUGCCAGCCGAUGCAAGUUGUGCUAUUUAUGAAAGACUGUAAGAGGUUGAUAAAGGCUUCUGCUUCACUAU